UUGUCUGGACGUAGCAGAGCGUGGUCUCAAACACUGCAACAGAGCAGUGGACUGGCAAAAGCCCCUUACAGUGGACAGAUAAGCUUGACAGGCAGCAGUAAGGAUACUCAGGAGCUGCCAGACCAUUCCAUGGAGCCUGUUAUAGAUGACUACAAGAAGAUGGGAACUCUUUUUGGUGAACUGAAUAAAAGCUUGAUCAGCAUGGGUUUCACGAGGAUGUAUUUUGGAGAACGGAUUGUGGAACCCGUAAUAGUCAUUUUCUUCUGGCUUCUGCUGUGGUUCCUUGGCUUCCAAGCUCUUGGACUAGUGGCUGUCCUUUGUCUUGUCAUUAUUUAUGUGCAACAGUAAAAAUGGCUAAACGACCUGUGGUUUGACACCUGGUAACCAUGCUAUGUGAUGAUGAAUCUGUGUAUUUAAGUAAGUAACCCCUGCAGAAGGCGGCUUUUUUCCAACUGAGUGACUCGAUCACGUUGCAAUGAACUUCGGAGUGGAUGCUCUUUGAAUUUACAGUCAAUCCUUGUUUGCCCAAGGACUAAAUUGAUCUAGUUUGUGAGUUAUCCAAGCCCAGUUGUUUCUCCUCCUCCUUCAGUGCUCCACUUCCAGAAGAUAAAAAGAGAAGAUGGAAUUCAAACCAGUCAGUCUUAUUGUUUUUAAGGUAUUUGUUAAGCACUUACUGUGGGUCAGGCACUGUCUACAAUGCUCUGCACAUAGUAUUGUUAAGAAAAGCAACAAUUCUGACUCCUCUUCGGAAGGGGAAGAAAAUGGCACCAGAGGAAUCGCCCCAGCUAAUUGGAUCCUUUCUAUCAGAUCAUUCCCAGCAUCCAGAGACCACAGCAACUCUCAUCGGAAGCUUUCGACAACUGGACACUGAUUUUGUUUUUUCCCUUUCACCGUGCGGCAUUGUAAACUGAGUUGCUUAGGCCGUUGCGCUCUGUGGUAAAUCCAAUUCCGAGGUAUUGUCUUGCACGCUGCAAGAUGAGUUUGUACAUUUUAUUUCUCAGAGGACACCCAGUGUGUUUUUCUUAACUUUUACAGUUUUAUAACUCUUUGUAAUAAUUACUGCUUUUAAGUUCCUAACUAGGCAGCGUUCUUUUCUUAACUUGUUGCUACUUAAUCUGAACUUCGUAGCUCAAUUGAUGGCAGUUGAUUCUUAAGUAGGGUGACUGGAAAUAUGAUUCAGGAGUAUUUGAAUCAGGAAUUGUGUGGGUUGAACGAUGAAUCAAAAUCUCCUUAAAAUAUACCUUAAAAAAAGUUGGGAACUCAGGUAAAAUAUGGACUUUUUAUUAGCUACAGUCUAUUUAAAACCCAUUCUGGCCAGGAAAAUAUGCAGGGUUACGACAGUAUUCUUUGCUGUCUACGUAGGUAAUUUUAGAUAAAAGGACUGCCUCUGAGGAAAAGGCAGUUUGGGGUGUUUUUUUUCUCUUUUUUUGGUCCUGGCCUAUGCAGAUUAGCCGUCAGUGAACUGAUUUAUCCGGUUAACAGUUCAACUCUUUGUGAUAACACAGUGAAAGGGAAGAAAAACGCUUAUUGCGUUGAUGUCAAUAUGGCUCCUUUCAGAAGCACUCCAAUGUUUGAUUGACUAUUAUAGAUUAAAUUUUUAUCUACCAUCUAACCCCAAAACAAUCCUGGUCAGGGGGGUUAAGAGUAAAUUUGUAUAAAUAAGGGCAGUUUACAACUUUGGCCUUAAUUUUUUUACAGGAAUGCCUUUGUACAGAUCUCUACUAGCAUGCAUUUACUGGGUUUCUAGAUUUUUUUUACUGUCCAAAUCUACUCGUCACGUACCAUUGUUUAAAUGCAAACUAUGGGAAAGGAUGAGUUUCUUCAGAACUAGAGGGGCUUUUUUGGUGUUUUAACAACAACCCGAAUAUGGGGUGACUGUAUUCAUUUAUACCCAAGUAGUUUUCUGAAGUGCAAAGGAGGCCUGGAAAUGUGUUUCUCGGCAUGAAAUAGUCUUAAUUGCAUUCUUUUCUAAUGUUGCUGAGGGUUUGGAUCUCCAUUCGGAAAGGAAAAACUUAAAAUUUUCGUAAUAACGCCUCUCGUCCCUUCAGUGCCUGUGGCAAAAACAUGUUUUAAGAACAUUCUUGGGUACAUUACACAGCAUAGUUUCAAUAUAAUGCAUUGCUAAUGGUCCUGAUGAAGGUCGUGAUUGUAUAUGUGUUUGUUUUGUUAAAUUAUAAAAUAAAUCCACCGAGAAUUUGCA